AUGAAGCUGUAUUUUGCAAAGGAUUUGUUUUUGGAUUUGAUGCAGAACCCAAAGGAGGAAGUGAACAAUUGCUCUCAGUUUAAACUAAUGAUGAGGGAGGAGGAGCAAAUGCAGAGGGCAAAGGUUGCAAAACAGAUUCCUUGGAAGUCAAGUGGUCGCACAGAGAUUAUAGCAUCAGAGGAAGAAGAUGUACCUGUUGCAGUGGAGGAAACUUACUCUGGACACUACAUUGUCGUGUUUGACCCUAUUGACGGAUCUGCCAAUAUUGACACCGUCUUAACUACUGGCUCCAUCUUUGGCAUUUAUGGCCCUGACCGGCAAUGCCUCGUCGACCUUGACGAUGACUUCACGCUCGAUCAAGCAAAACAGAAAUGCAUCAUCGAUGUAUGCCAACCAGGCAGCAACCUACUGGCGGCUGGCUAUUGCCUGUAUUCAAGCUCAGUUGUCUUUACCCUUUCAAUAGGGAAAGGGGUGUUUGCAUUCACCUUGGACCCAUCAUAUGGAGAAUUUGUUUUAACACAUGAAAAUAUUAAGAUUCCAAAAACAGGGAAAAUAUAUUCAUUCAAUGAAGGUAAUUAUGACCUAUGGGAUGAAAAACUGAAGACAUACCUCACUCACCUCAGGCAGCCAGGCUCCAAUGGAAAGCCCUAUUCUGGCCGUUACAUAGGAUGCCUUGUCGGUGAAAUCCAUAGGAUGCUGCUCCGUGGUGGUGUCUAUGGCAACCCCAAGAACAAGAACAGCAAAAAUGGGAACUUGAGACUCUUGUAUGAGUGUGCACCAAUGAGCUAUCUAGUAGAACAAGCUGGAGGGAUUGCUACAGAUGGUCACCAGAGAAUACUUGACAUCAAACCAGUGCAGGUUCACCAGCGUACACCAAUAUUCACUGGAAGCCCAGAUGAAAUCGAGAAACUGCAAACAUACUUGCUUUGAUCACAUAUGUCUUAAUUCUGCAUUCAGAUUAUUCCUUUGAAUAUGUUUUAAGCAUUUCAACACAUUAGAACGAACAUAGAAAAGGGAGAAGGAUAAGUACAUCUGACCAGGAAGUCAAUUUCAAAAUUAAUU